AUGUCUUCCAACAUUCACUGUCUUUCUUUGAUCAACAAACCUUCAACUUGUAUUGACACGUUCAAGAAGAAGAAGAAGAAGAAGAAGAAGAAGAAGAAGAAGAAGAACCCUCGGAUCACUUUCGUUCUUACAGCAACAAAAACAAAAUUGAUCUUGACAAAUUCCAAGAUAGUCAAUUCUCUUGCCACUCCACCAGAUGGCCCACUAUUUGCUUCCUCGCCAAUCGAGUCUGCUGAAAAGCCACUCUUACCUCUUUGA